UCUCCGGUGACGUCACUGUGCUCCGCAGCCUCCGCUCAGCUCCCCGGUCCCCACUGUUUCCCCGGAGCAGUGAGCGCAGGAUGUUCGGCGCCGCCGCCCAGGUGGCCUAUAACCGGGCAGUGGCCGAUGGGUACGGCUCCAAUGAGAAGGCGGUGCGGUACCUGGGCCAGGACUACGAGGCGCUGAGGAGCGAGUGUCUGCAGUCCGGCAGCCUCUUCCAGGACUCCUUCUUCCCGGCCAUCCACUCCUCGCUGGGCUUCAAUGAGCUGGGGCAGAACUCCUCCAAGGUCCAGGGAGUGGUGUGGAAGAGACCCCCGGAACUGUGUUCAGACCCACAAUUCAUCACCGGAGGGGCCACAAGAACUGAUAUUUGCCAAGGAGCGCUGGGUGACUGCUGGCUGCUGGCCGCCAUCGCUUCCCUCACUCUCAACGAGCAGGUCCUCUCUCGUGUCGUCCCUUCAGACCAGAGCUUCAAGGAGAACUACGCAGGAAUUUUCAGUUUCCGGUUCUGGCAGUUUGGAGAAUGGGUGGAAGUGGUGGUAGAUGAUCGGCUGCCGACCAAAAACGGUGAACUUGUCUUCGUUCAUUCUGCCGAAGGGACUGAAUUUUGGAGCGCGCUGCUGGAGAAGGCCUAUGCCAAGCUGAAUGGAUCUUAUGAAGCUUUAUCUGGUGGUGCCACCACUGAGGGCUUUGAAGACUUCACUGGAGGCCUGGCAGAGUGGUAUGACCUGAAGAAGGCUCCAAACGAUCUAUACAAGAUCAUACAGAAGGCGCUCAAGACCGGGUCUCUCCUGGGCUGUUCCAUAGAUAUCACAAGUGCGUCCGAGACGGAAGCAAUCACCUUCCAGAAGCUGGUGAAGGGCCAUGCCUACUCUGUAACCGCCGCAGAAGAGGUCAACUGCAGAGGCAGCCAGGAAAAACUCAUCAGGAUCCGAAAUCCCUGGGGAGAGGUGGAGUGGACCGGAGCAUGGAGUGAUAAUUCUAAUGAAUGGAAUUACGUGGAUCCAAGUGAAAGGGACAGACUGAUUAAACGCUGCGACGACGGAGAGUUCUGGAUGUCUUAUAAUGAUUUCUUACGACAAUACUCGAGACUGGAGAUCUGCAAUCUCACCCCGGACACCCUGACGUCAGAUAAGUACAAGAAGUGGAGCCUGGUGAAGAUGGACGGCAUGUGGCGGCGAGGCUCCACCGCUGGAGGGUGCAGGAACUUCCCAGACACGUUCUGGAUGAACCCGCAGUACCUGAUAAAGCUGGACGAGGCAGACGACGAUCCAGACGACGGGGAGGAUGGCUGCACCUUCAUUGUGGCCCUCAUACAGAAGAACCGCAGGAAGGCGAGGAAGAUGGGCGAGGACAUGCACACCAUCGGAUUUGCAAUCUAUGAGGUUCCCCCACAGCUGCAAGGUCAGACCAAUGUCCACCUGAGCAGAGACUUCUUCCUGAGGAACAAAGCACGAGACCGAUCGGACACGUUCAUAAACCUACGGGAGGUCCUCAAUAGAUUCCGCCUUCCACCGGGAGAAUAUGUCAUCGUCCCUUCCACUUUUGAGCCUAACAAAUUAGGAGACUUCUGCCUUCGUGUCUUUUCUGAGAAGAAUGCAGAGUCUCAGGUCGUUGACGAUGACAUUGAGGCUAACAUCGAAGAGCCUGAUCUUGACGAAGAUUAUAUCGAUCCCAAUUUCAGAAAACUGUUUCUGCAGCUGGCCGGAGAGGACGCAGAGAUUUCAGCUUUUGAACUUUGCAACAUUCUGAAGAAAGUGAUAUCUAAACAGGUGGACAUCAAGUCUGACGGCUUCAGUAUGGAAACCUGUAGGACCAUUGUGGAUCUGCUGGACUCUGAUGGAAGCGGCAAACUGGGACUGAAAGAAUUCAAUAUUCUGUGGUCAAAAUUCCAGAAAUACCAGAAAAUCUAUAGGGCCAUCGAUGUGGAUCGCUCAGGGACAAUGAAUGCCUACGAGAUGAGAAAAGCUCUAGAAGAAGCAGGAUUUAAGCUGAAUUCCCAGCUGCAUCAGCUGCUUGUGGCGCGUUUCGCUGACGACGAUCUCUGCAUUGACUUCGAUAACUUUGUGCGGUGUCUUCUUCGGUUGGAGAUUAUGUUUAAAAUCUUCAAGCAAAUGGAUACGGAAAACAGCGGCGUAGUGCCUCUCACUAUGACCUCAUGGAUGUCGUUCACCAUAAUGUAAGGAGACCGGAGAACUUACUGUGCACGACCGCAAUAACCAUGAAUGCAAGAAAUACGCGACCAAUUGCGGGACAUUUAUGCGAUGCGACCUGUAACAGCCAGUCAGGGUUCAGCAGACAUUUUUAUAUUUUAAUGGAGAAUAAGAAAAAAGGAAUCUGUGUUAUAUUCUAGUUUUUGUGAGAGCUUGUUCAGACGACCGUGCCAUGUUUUGCGGUCCGCGUGCCUUCCGCAAUUUGCAGAACGGAACGGACGGC